AUGGCAGCGCCGUUCAGCGCGCUUGUGGAGUUCCACGGCUCGCGCGUUCUCCUCGACUGCCCACUAGACCCCUUGCCCUGCUUGCUCCAUCCCCCCAUCCCACCCGCGUGGUUACCAAUUUCGCGAGACUCGCCUAGGAAGCUCGACCGUUCGACUGAUCGAGGGAAUUCCACGGAGCCUCGCCCCGUCAACAAAAGCGCCAAUAUUCGCUGCUCUCCGCGCGCCUCGCAGCAUUCGCCACGCGCGCCUACCGACGCCGCUCGCCUCGACGCACCUCGCGCCACCCGCUGCUCGCCACUACCGCAUGCUGAUUCCCUCGCUCCUUUCCCCGCACCUGCUGCUGCUGCCGCCGCAGACGAAGCUUUCCAUGGCGCAAAGACGGACACCCAUGCAGCGCUUGCGCCGGACCAGCCCGAUCCUGCAGGUUCGGACCGAGCCAUACACCCAACUGUCUCACCUCGCGACCAUCUCGGAUCAGCCGGCUGGGGCGCUUUCCUCCCCCCAGCCCUGACGUUGCUGCAUCGGCAUGGCUGCCGAGCCUCGAGGUCAGGCUUAACGCACAGGCGCGAGGUUCGGUGGAGACGGAGGGUGUGCAUGUGCUUGGCUGACCGGCAGACGGGCGGAGGCGGGCAGAAGGGGGACGAGGAGGGACGAGGCGAGGGGGCGGAGGGGGAGGAGGGAAAGCGGAGAGAGAAUCGUAGCGGUGUUGAGGCGGAGGUGAAGGGAGGCAGAGCAGAGUCGGUGUGUGGUGGAGCGAUGAGAGGGUCAAGCAGCAGUGCAGGCGGGCAUGACGGCGGCAAUGAGGGCGGCAAUGAGGGCGGCAAUGAGGGCGGCAAUGAGGGCGGCAAUGAGGGCGGCAAUGAGGGCGGCAAUGGGGACAGCAAUGGGGUGGAUGCAAGGGGCAAGGGCAGGAAGAGGGGUGGUGAUGGCAAUGAUGUGGAGAGCGGUGGGAAGAGGCGGAAAGGGGACGGGGACGAGGGGAAGCAUGCGUCCUCCUCGCCGUGCCCCGGUGUGCGCCUCUCCUUCCCCCUGCCCUCCUCCGUGCCAACCCCCCAUCGCUCUCUCUCCCUGCCAUUCGCGCUCACUGCCACGUCAGCAGCAUCUGAUGUGGACGCCAUCCUGAUCUCGAGCCCCGAGGGCCUUCUGGGUCUGCCUGUGCUGCUGCGCCAUCACCGCCAGCACCACGCCCACCGCCCUCCCCCCAAGGUGGUGUGCACGGAGGCUGCUCUGCGCAUUGCCAGGCUGGCGGCCAAAGAGAGGACGGCACUGGUGCAGGCAAGGGGCGUGCUAGAGGAGGGUGCAGACGACGCACGUGCAUCCCUGAGCAGCGAGAGUGAGGAACUAGCAUGGCUAACGGGAGUGAGGGGGGUGAGGUGGGGGGAGAGGGUGGGUGUGGGGCCGGGCGUCACAGCCACUGCAGCUGCCUCGGGUGGUCCUCUUGGCUCGGCCUCCUGGUCUCUCCUUCACUCCGCCCACUCGCCUUCCGACACCACGCACACCUCCCACCCGCACACCACUCUCUCUGUCUCAUAUCCCUCCUCUCAAGAACCGCUCUCAUCCAUCUCGCACCCUUCGUCUGACCCUUCUGCCUCUCCCUUCGCCUCUCACUCCGGACCUUCCGCCUCUCCCCCCCUCAACUGCUGCCACCUCGCCCUCCUCUUCCCACCGCUGCCUUGCACCACUCUUGCCGCUCCACAACAGCUGGAGCCAAUAAGAGAUUGCCACGUGGCAGCUCUGUGCGGGCCCACGUCAAUCAGCUCUGCUGACAGCCACACACGGACAGCAGACGGCAAGGAGGGGAGUAAGCCAAGGGUUGGGGGUGCGGAGCAGGGAAAGGGGCAUGAGAGCAGCGUGUUGAGUGGGGGAGGGAUGGGCGACGAGGUGGGAAUGCAGGGCGGAUGGAAAGGCAGAGGUGGCGGGACGGAGAGUGAGCCGCUCCGUGAGGCGACGAGCGGAAAGAGUGCUGUGGAUGGUGUGGGUUGCAGUGCGGUAUGUGACGGUAUCGAGGGCAUUGAAGGCGUUGUGCGGGUGAUUGCAGGGCGGGUGGCGCAGGGAGGGCGAGUGGUGGUGCCGUGCUCCCCGCUGGGCCCCUCCUUGGACGUGCUGCUCGCCCUGCUCUCGCCCUCCCCAUCAUCGCCCGCAGCACCGCCAGCAGCACAAUCAGCAGCAGCUGCGACACCAGGUCCAUGGGCAACAGCAGCAGCGCCAGCAGUGCCAGCACCCCGUGUGGGCGUGGGCGUGCCGGUGGUGUACCUGUCACCGGUGGCCCAGCAGGCGCUCUCCCUCGCCUGCAUCCUGCCUGAGUGGAUGCACCCCCGCGUGCACGAUAGAGUGGGCCAGCCCAUCCACGCCAUCAGCAGCGCGCUCCUCUCCCACCCCUCCGCCAACCACAACUCCAAACCAGCUUCCUCCCUUCCUGACGCACAUGGUGACGCCAGCAUGGGGCGAGGACCGGUGGGACAAGGGAGGCCGUGGGAGGCGGGAAGCACCGAGGAGGCCGCAGGGCUGUCCGUGGAACCACGACUUGUGGUGAGCGCCCUCUCCUCCCCCUCUGCCCUCUCCUCCCCCUCUGCCCUCUCCUCCCCCUCUGCCCUCUCCUCCCCCUCUGCCCUCUCCUCCCCCUCUGCCCUCUCCUCCCCCUCUGCCCUCUCCUCCCCCUCUGCCCUCUCCUCCCCCUCUGCCCUCUCCUACCCCUCUGCCCUCUCCUCCCCCUCUGCCCUCUCCUCCCCCUCUGCCCUCUCCUCUCCCCCUCUGCCCUCUCCUCCCCCUCUGCCCUCUCCUCUCCCCCUCUGCCCUCUCCUCCCCCUCUGCCCUCUCCUCUCCCCCUCUGCCCUCUCCUCCCCCUCUACCCUCUCCUCCCCCUCUGCCCUCUCCUCCCCCUCUGCCCUCUCCUCCCCCUCUGCCCUCUCCUCUCCCCCUCUGCCCUCUCCUCCCCCUCUGCCCUCUCCUCUCCCCCUCUGCCCUCUCCUCCCCCUCUGCCCUCUCCUCUCCCCCUCUGCCCUCUCCUCCCCCUCUACCCUCUCCUCCCCCUCUGCCCUCUCCUCCCCCUCUGCCCUCUCCUCCCCCUCUGCCCUCUCCUCCCCCUCUGCCCUCUCCUCCCCCUCUGCCCUCUCCUCCCCCUCUGCCCUCUCCUCCCCCUCUGCCCUCUCCUCCCCCUCUGCCCUCUCCUCCCCUUCCUCCCUCUCCUCCCUCUCCUCCCUCUCCUCCCACUCCUCCCUCUCCUCCCACUCCUCCCUCUCCUCCCUCUCCUCCCACUCCUCCCUCUCCUCCUUCUCCUCAGACUCCCACCAACGAGCUCUCCUCACCACCCACCCCACCAACCCUCUUUCUUCCCCUUCAUUGUUUUCACCUUGCGACCAUUCCAACCUUCCAGGAGCCUUCUCCACGGCCUGUGCGUUGUGUUUGCCGCCCACUCCACACUGCACUUCUAAAAAAUCCACUCUUUUGUCAUUUGAUCAACGUGAUGCCACCUCCGUGAAGCCACUGCCCUCAUGUCCCCCCUUUUUUCCCCAUCCCACUGCCCUCAUGUCCCCCCUUUUUUCCCCAUCCCACUGCCCUCAUGUCCCCCCUUUUUUCCCCAUCCCACUGCCCUCAUGUCCCCCCUUUUUUCCCCAUCCCACUGCCCUCAUGUCCCCCCUUUUUUCCCCAUCCCACUGCCCUCAUGUCCCCCCUUUUUUCCCCAUCCUACUGCCCUCAUGUCCCCCCUUUUUUCCCCAUCCCACUGCCCUCAUGUCCCCCCUUUUUUCCUCAUCCUACUGCCCUCAUGUCCCCCCUUUUUUCCUCAUCCCACUGCCCUCAUGUCCCCCCUUUUUUCCUCAUCCCACUGCCCUCAUGUCCCCCCUUUUUUCCUCAUCCCACUGCCCUCAUGUCCCCCCUUUUUUCCUCAUCCCACUGCCCUCAUGUCCCCCCUUUUUUCCUCAUCCCACUGCCCUCAUGUCCCCCCUUUUUUCCUCAUCCCACUGCCCCGUCCCCAGGCGGUCAAGCACACUGCUGCCACGGGCUCCUGGUGUAGCUGUUACGGCCCACAUGCCACGGGGUACUACUGCGGCAGGAGGCACGCCCUUCGCAACAACUUGGGCACUCAAGGCCGUGCCUGCGGGGCAUGGGGGGCGCGUGGAGGAUGGGAAGGGAGCAGGUGGGGAUGGCAGAGGAGGCGUGGCGGUGGGCGGGUCAGGCAGUGUGAAGGAGCUUAUCAGCAGCAUGCCACGGCUGCAGCAUCUCGUAGUGAGCCCUGCAGCAUCUCAUAGUGAGCCCGGUAGCGUUCAUCAAUCAAGGGCCUGUGCUGCGCGUUGGGAGCUCCCUCUCACCAGCUCAUGUGAUUCCCUUCCACUUCCUCUCCCUCUGCCCCUCUCCUUUCUUUCCGCCACUCUCCUUUCUCUGUGCCGCUCUCCCUCCUUCCUCUCCGCCCCUCUCCCUACUCACCGCCCCUUGCCCUACUCACCACCCCUCUCCUUACUCACCGCCCCUCUCCUUACUCACCGCCCCUCUCCUUACUCACCGCCCCUCUCCUUACUCACCGCCCCUCUCCUUACUCACCGCCCCUCUCCUUACUCACCGUCCCUCUCCUUACUCACCGCCCCUCUCCUGUCUCUUCCUCCCUCUCCUCUCUCCCCCCCCCUUCUCCUCUCUCUCCCCCCCUCUCCUCUCUCUCCCCCCUUCUCCUCUCUCUCCCCCCCUCUCCUCUCUCUCCCCCCUUCUCCUCUCUCUCCCCCCUCUCCUCUCUCUCCCCCCCUCUCCUCUCUCUCCCCCCCUCUCCUCUCUCUCCCCCCCUCUCCUCUCUCUCCCCCCCUCUCCUCUCUCUCCCCCCCUCUCCUCGCUCUCCCCUCCUCUCCUCUCUCUCCCCCCUCUCCUCGCUCUCCCCCCCUCUCCUCUCUCUCCCCCCUCUCCUCGCUCUCCCCCCCUCUCCUCUCUCUCCCCCCCUCGUAUUUCUCUCCCCCUUCUCCCUCCCCACCGCCCCUCUCCACAGGUCCCAGAGGCCCUCCACGCCCACCUCGCUGCAGGCCUCCCGGCAGCCAUCGCUGUGCACCCUCUCAGCACCGCCAGCUGUCACCAUCCCCAUUGAGCACCAUGCGCUCAUCACGCUCACUGCCAUCCGUCUUGGAACCCACUGGGGCGAUCCCUGGCACAUCUGCAGUGCUGUCUCCAUUGGCCAGGGUCGGAUUAUGUGACCUUUCACACGGCGGAUGA